GGCUGUCAGAACAAGUUAAAAUAAUUGCACUGCAGGUUUCCUGCUACUGCGCCACUGUGGAAGGUAGACUGACGUUUGGUUGUGUUGGUUCAGCUGAAGUUGGAUAGAGGCAUUUCAGUUUUAGCUUUUCUCUGGCUGAAGCCAUGGGACUUGUUCUACGUGUGGUGCUGCUAUGGCUGCUGUUUAUUGGAGAGCUUCCAGCAGGCAUUACAUCUUCCUAUCAUGGCCCUGCGUCUGGCAUUUGGGACAUGACCUACAAGCCCCAGGUUCCCGGCUACCUGCCCCAGCCUCAGGUUAAUCCCUUUCAACCAAGGUCUAACUACAAGUCCAUGCCCCUGCAGCCCAUGUCUCAGCCUCAUCCUCGGUCCAUGCCUGAGCGGCCUCAGCCUUGGCCCAUGCCGCAGCCUUGGCCCUUGCCUCAGCCCCUGCCUUGGCCCAUGCAUGAUGGGCCCUUGCCCGAGCAACCCAUGCCUCCCAUGCCCGAGCGGCCCAUGCCUCCAAUGCGUCCCAUGCCCGAGCGUCCCAGGCCCAUGCCCGAGCGUCCCAUGCCCGAGCGUCCCAGGCCCAUGUCUGAGCGGCCCAUGCCCGAGCGUCCCAUGCCCGAGCGUCCCAGGCCCAUGCCCGAGCUUCCCAUGCCUCCCAUGCCUGAGCGGCCCAUGCCUCCAAUGUGGCCCAUGCGUCCCAUGCCCGAGCGGCCCAUGCCUCCCAUGCGUCCCAUGCCCGAGCGGCCCAUGCGUCCCAUGCCCGAGAGGCCCAUGCCUCCCAUGCGGCCCAUGCCCGAGCGUCCAAUGCGUCCCAUGCCCGAGCGUCCCAGGCCCAUGCCCGAGCGUCCAAUGCCUAUGCCUCCCAUGCCCAGGCCAGGGAGGCCCAUGCCAUGGUGGUGUUGGCCCAUGUCCGAGAGUCCCAUGCUCGAGCGUCACAGGUCCGAGCUGUCCAUGGACUUGCAGUGUUGGCCCAUGCCCGAGCGUCCCAUGCCCGAGCAUUCCAGGCCUGAACUUUCCAUUCACGUGCGGUGUUGGCCCAUGCCCGAGCAGCCCAUGCCCGAGCAGCCCCUGGUCUUUAUAGAAUGAGUGGGACCCGUCUCACCUCUGCAAGUAAACGAAGAUUUGGCUACAACUGAAGAAUAUCUUGGAGGAGUUCAACUGAUGGGCCUUGUUGACUUGAAGCUUGUACCAUGACGGUCUUUAGAGAAAUAAAAUGCAUUUUUGUACUAA